CUCGUCGCGCUUGCGCAAGGCGCUGUGCUGUGAGCAGGAGGAAAAGACAGGAGUGGAUUCGCAGUAUUUCUCUAUUCUUGAAAACGGAGAAAAAUAUUGCUUUGUGUGAAACGAAAUACCCAGUGCAGGAUAAAGUUUGGGGAUAGAAUUAUUCGGUAUCAAUUAAAUAAAUAAGCAGUGUAGGUGACGCAUGCUUUGGAAUACGAAAAUGAUGUAAAGAAGAACAUACUGUAUAGCGUGUCUAUGACUGGACCCUCACCGGAGACACACGAUAAGUCUUUCCUUAAUCCUUCGCUGCUUUCGAAAGAAAUAUAAUGCUUUAUGCCUAAAUAAUUGGAAAAUACAGCCAGACAACCCAAAGAUGCCGAAAAAGUGGUCUGCAGGAACGCCGUACCACAGCCUUUCCGCCGUAAUGUUGAUGCUAGUGUUGCCCAGGUGCAUGUUGUCUAUCCGGGCUAAUAAGAGCAUGGCGAGCAAGGACGACUAUUACAGCGCUACCGUGAACGUUUCCGUCCUGGACUCCAAAGGGAACCCUAAGCAUAUACUGACGAAGGACGACGGCAGGUACGGACAGAAUUCCCGCAAAGCCGAAGCCAAAGGGGUAGUAAUUGCACCCGCGGCCAUCCACGGAGUUGCAGACCGACAGGGCUGUGAUCCUCAGACUCAUUUCAUUGUCCCACCCAAAACAACACACUGGAUCGCACUGCUCCAGAGAGGAAACUGCACCUUCAAGGAGAAAAUUCUGAGAGCAACCUCCUUCAAUGCCUCUGGCGUAGUCAUCUACAACAACUCAUCCAAGGAGGACACAGUGACCAUGGCACAUGAAGGUACUGGGGACACAGUAGCUGUGAUGAUCACCGAGUCCUACGGCAAGGAGAUUCUGGGCUUCGUAGAGAAGAACUUGACAGUGAUGAUGACCAUAGUUGUAGGCACUCGAGGUCCACCCAAGAACAUCAACCGUGGCUCCCUGGUCUUCGUUUCCAUCUCCUUCAUCGUGCUGAUGAUCAUCUCCUCCGCCUGGCUUAUCUUUUACUUCAUCCAGAAGAUUCGCUACACCAACGCUCGGGACAGAAGCCAGCGCCGGCUCGGUGAUGCCGCCAAGAAAGCAAUUGGUAAACUUACCACAAGGACUGUGAAGAAAGGUGACAAGGAAACAGACCCAGACUUUAAUCACUGUGCAGUCUGCAUCGAAGGCUACCAGCUGAAUGACGUGGUUCGCAUUUUGCCUUGCAAGCAUGUCUUCCAUAAAAUAUGUGUGGACCCCUGGCUGAAUGAGCACUGUACCUGCCCUAUGUGCAAACUUAAUAUUCUGAAAGCUCUAGGAAUAAUGCCAAACCUGCCCUGUGUGGACAAUGUGGCCUUUGAUAUGGACAGAAUAGGUCGAGGUCAGGCUGCCAAUCAGAGAUCAGCCUUAGGGGAUCUAUCCAAUGAGAACUCAAUUAGCUUGGAACCACUGAGGCAUUCUGGGACCUCCCAAAUCCCAUCAGAGGGGGAACUUACGCCACGCACGGGAGAGAUCAACAUUGCUGUUACUAGUGGUCAUUUCUUCAACCGAAACUCAUUGUCUCCUCGGAAUGUGGUGUGUGAAAUUGAGCUUCCGGAUAUCCAGACUUCUUUGGACCUGUACGAUGAAAAUAAAUCCUGAGGUCUCUUCCAUUCUUCAGGUUCCCCCAAUCCGGGAUAGGCUUCAAAACCUCAGAGCACAAAAAACCCGGAAUGUGGGGUUCUUCCCUAUACCUUGUGAAAACAACAUACUGUCAUUACAGAAUGUACUAUACCUGUCGCGAAAGAAGAAAGGAAUAAUUCAGGUUUUCAUUUAUCAUUGUUAGAAUUAUUCUUAUCAGCUAAUUCUUUUUUCUGAUGAAAGAGAAUCUUUGAUAGUGAACUGAUGUCAUUAUAGGAGUGUGGGAAGUACCUUGCUGUUUUUCUUUUUUUUUCUUUUUUUUUUAAAAGAACAAUAUUUACUAAAGAAUCAUCUGCAUUGGCUGGAUUUUAAACCGAAUUCCUCAUAACCAUGCGUUUAAGUAUAUUUAGAUAAUCCACAAGCAUCUGUGAUUAUGAUUAGCUGAUUUUGUUUUCUCAAAUACAAAACAGACCUUUGUCAGAACAAGAGGAUCUUUUGAAAGAAAAUGAGACUGCCUUGACACAGCUGACAUUGUUGUGGGUAUGCCAGUCAUGAGCCAGACAUACUGCAUCAGAAUACGCUGUCUCUGCUGCCAGUGUGGUUGCCCACCCUUAGCUGCCUGGCAAAGAAACUCCAGUCAUCUCUCACAGCCUGUCUUCUGACUUGAGGCAGUUAAAGUGGUACUGGAUUCAAAGACUUGGCUUAUUGAACCUGAAAGAUAUUUAAUUGAAGAGUAUUUUGCAUUUCGCACCACACAAAUUUCUUUGGUGGAUCAGUAUGUCGUGGUAUUUAACCUUUCCAUGUGUCAAAUAAGAUAGCUGCCCAAAAGAUUUUUUUAAGCCCACAUAAUAACUUGGCCUCUAAUUUGUCUUGAAUCUUCAAAACCUCUCAAGGGGGCUACCUGUGUGUGCAGUUUUAUUUCACUUAGAACUGUCUAGGAGGUUUUUUGUUGUUCUUGUGCUUUGCAUAAGGUAUAGUUUUUAUAGACGAGCUGUAUAUAAUUCUCAUUAAUCAAUUGUAUUUCCCUGGUAGUCCCCUAAUAUUGCUUUUGAAAUGCAAUUUUAAUAGUACAGAGUUCUAAUAAUUUUCAGCUACCAAAAAGCAUGCUUUCUUACAUGGCUGAUAUUUCAGUGACCAGGAUGAAGACAAUGGCACAGAUAGGUCAGAGCAAUCUAAAGGAAAUAACCAAUCAGUAUUUACUAGACUAAACAGUAUAUAAUGCCAUGGUAUGUCAGUUCAUUUUACUGUUUUUCAUUACUGUAUUGAGAUAUUAAAGAGUCACACAGUUUAUUCUUAGAAGGUACUGAAGGUAAAUCAGGUAAAAUAAAUCAAGGGUACAUCUGAACAAGUUAAUCUGAACAAGUAGAAUUAUCUGUCAAUGUAUACACAAGUUACGUUUAUGUGUGGUACUAGAACAAUCUACAAAAAUGCCAUAUUGGGCUUUUUCAGCAUUGAAUAUAUUUAUUAUAUCAGUGAAUUGCCUCUGAGGCUAAGUUCAAGAACUAUUGGAGUUCGCUUUUGAAGCAAGAAUGUACAGUCUGGACUUCCAGAAUUGCGCGGACAAAUUCCUGAUUUUCAGGUUUUAAAAAAAAUCCUGUUAACAAAACAACUCAGUGCCAUAGCCUACAAAAAAUCUACAAUUGUUCCAGAAAAAAUUACAGUUAAUUUUCUAUUACAUUUUUGUUCUUAAUAUGUGUGUUUAAAAAGUGAUAUGUCAUUUGCAGCAAAUUUUAUCACACCUUCAUAAAGUUAUGUGGAACUUGGAUUUUAAAGUGUCACCUUCUUGGUGUGUGGCUUUAUGCACUAAUAAACGUUAUAUGUUUAGGAUACAUACCUAUUUGCUAUUGCUAAUGUGAAGCCAGGAAGUCCUUUACAAAUAAAAGGGGAUUUUGCAUUGAAUUGAGAAUGUGGUGCUGACCUUAUGGAACACUGAAAAGGGGUUAUUCCUUUACUGGGCUGCCCUUUUAAAGAAAUGAACGUAUGCAUCCCAUAGCCACUUAUUCUGGAAGUGCUCUAUCUCCCAUAAUUAACACUUUCUUCUUUGUGGUUCUGCUUUACCAGCAAAUGUAUUUAGAAUGCUGUAGCAUAUAAUGUAGUUAUAACAAUCACUAACUACAUUCCUAAGAGAUGUCCUCUUGGGGAGUUACUUCAAAAGAAACCUAAGCUGCAGAUAUUGUACUGAAAGAAAGAGUUGUUUUUAAAAGUGAACUCAUCUCUAAAUAUUAUUUUAACACUUCUGAACUGCACCUACAGUAAAUUACUAAAUAUUAAAGGAUGUAUGCCAAUGUGUUUUCCUGACAAACUGUGGAAAAAUGGAUUAUACAAAAAAUCAGACACUUCUGGAAGAUUUUCCAGAGUGAAAUCAGUAGUGGUGAUAAAAUAAGAUCUUCCUCAUUUUUACAUAUUGUGGCCAAGAUACUGUACAAAAGAAGUAGCCUACAGUACUGUUACUACUAAAUCAUGUACAUGUACUACAUGUAUAUGUACAUGUACAUACUAAUUCAUGUACAUGUAAAGCCAGAACAGUCUAGGGCUUUGUAAAGAGAUUAGGAUGUGGAGAGCCCUGCUCAUUAUUUCUUUCUGCAAGUAUGCUUCCUUUCACAUACAAAAGAGUCUAAGUCCUCUUCAAAGGUUUUAGCAUUGUAUACUGCAAAACAUUGCAGCAAGGUUCAGGGCAAUUUUAAAGUGUCCAAAUAUGUAUGGAAUUUCAAUGGGAUUCACCAGCUAAAUUGAGGUGUCUCUUUAUAAUGUUCCCCAAUACAGAUUAUACUAUUAAGCUUGUUCACAUGCAAACCAAAGCAUGUUGCUUAAAAUAGUACAUACUGUAUUACUAUUUGUCUUGUGUCCUAUUUGAAAACGUUUACUGCAGAUUUUAAAUGCAAUAAAUGUAUACAAAAUAAUUGCAUUUGCUUUGUUUUUAAAAGUGAUUUUUGAAAAAAUAUGUGCAAAAAUAAUUGAUUUUCUGUAAAAUAUAUGUGAAUUAAUGAUAAUUCUCCCAAUUAUUUAAACUGUAUUUGGAAAGAAAAGUCCCAUGUCGAGACUCUAAGAGGUUGUAAAGAGUAAAGAAUUGAUACAUAAUUAAUAUAAAUAACUUUUGAAAAAUAAAUGAAUUUGUGAUGGCUGUAGCUGUUACUACAAUUGGAGUAGCAGUUGUUAAUCACCCUCUUAUGUUUUUAUAAGCUUUUUUAAAUUUGAAUCCAGCUUCUGUUUACCAGCCAUAUUUACCAGUCUUCUUUGUCUCAUUGAACACUAAAGCUAGUUAUCAUCUUCACCUGUCAGCCCAACCAGUGUCCAUAAUAUUUCCUGGUUUGAAUGUCACAAUGGGUGUAGAGUUUUGUUUUUAUAUUAUGAUUAUUAUUCAGUUAAAAUGCAUCUCAAAUGUUGAUGUCUUUCAAAUACAUUUUUUAAAAUAAAAUGGAAGAACCGAGUGUAGAAAACAAAAAUGUUAAUUGAGGUCUCAUUUUCUGGUAUUUAUUUUUGAAACAUGUAACUACAUCCCUUCUGCCUUUUCACUUGGAGAUCUAAAAUAGCAUUCCUCUGCCUAAAGUGCAAGACUGACGACCGUAACCAGGUAUAAAGUGGAGGACAGCUGUACAUUCCAAUUACUAUAAUACUUUCAGCUUGGGGAUAUCAAUGUGUUUUUGGUGUCUUCUAAAUAAGUUCUUCCCUAUGCAUAUGGACUCCUAUGAGCUGACUAUACUGGCUCUUGACAAGCCAUUAGCCUGCUGUGGAGCCAGUGAAUGUUACUCAGUCAUUAAAAGCUCCUAAUUAGAAACCAGCAGUAACAAUUUGUUAAAUUUGCAGAGAUAUAUGGAGCCUCUAUUGUAAUUAAUGAUAAUCUGCAGCACAGAAUGUGUAGCACACAAACUUUGUUUUUCUGCACUGUUGAAAAUGGGAUUUCAGGUUAUUUGAGUAUUGGCAGGAAUUCAUUGAAUGUUUAAUGCUGUGAGUGUAAGUACACAGAAAUUCCUCUUUGGGACAUUUGUGUCAUUGUUGAUUGCCACAAGACAUGCAAAGCUGAUUCUUCUGUAAAUUUAGCAGUAUUCUUAUUUGAUCUCUGAAUCCUCCACCAUUGUUUCAUUAACGCAUGUUCAUAUGGUACGUGACAAGCAACGAUGUGUGAGAAAGGUGAUGUUAAUGUUUAAGAAGAAGCUGGUUAUUAUCUUCAUUUUAUAUGUGUCAUAGAUGUGAAUGGCAAAUAUUGCUUCAGUCUUUUGGUCUUGCUCUAUGGUUUGGGUCACUGUUUCACUGUGUGCCUUUGAAUAUAAUUCCCUUUGUCUUUUCUCCUUCUGUCUCUCUUUGCAGUAUUCAGACUUCAGAUUAAAACAUUUUGAAAAAGUUG